UGCUGAAGUCCUGCACGGAGACACGCAGUGGGACGUUUCCCGAGCACUCAGACUCUCAAGUGGCUUUUUUUCUCGUUUGCGCCUUGCCAGAAAGGACACCGUGCUCUUCUUUGUGGACUUUAUUAUUAUUGUUAUUUAUUUAUUUUUUUAUUUUGUGGGGUUUGAAGUCGGAAUACAGGAGCCGUGUUUGGGACGAGGAUGCUCCAAAUGAAGUAGCGCAUUGGGGCUGAAAGGCUUCUCCGUCCUUCGGGACAUUUAAGGACGCCCGUCUGUGUUUCAUGUCCGCUGGAUUAUAUUUACCAAACCCAUUUUGAAUCAUUAUUUUUAUUUAUUAUUAUUUUUUUUAUCCUUUAUUUUAUUAUUACUAUUUUUUUAUAAGUUUUUUUUUUUUUUUUUUUAAAUAAAGUAACGCACGUCCACGGCCACCCCUUGCGCCCUCUCUCCAAUGAAAUAUCUCCCUUCAGGAUCAGCUGCUGAUCGAGUUAGCGCGCGGAUCGAGCUCAGUGAGACCAGCGUUCCUAAGAAGUCCCGUCCCGGUGCUGCGCUCUCUUUGUUGACCCCUCUGGACCCACUUCGACAGGCAAAGCGGCUUCCUAUCCGAGUUAUCAAGAUGUUGACGGCGCACACCGGGCACUUGCUACACCCGGAAUAUUUACAGCCUCUAACACCCGCACCAGUGAGCAUCGAGCUGGAUGCAAAGAAGAGUCCUCUUGCCCUGCUUGCUCAGACCUGCUCUCAGAUUGGUAAACCGGACCCUCCUUCUUCCUCCAAGCUCAACUCCUCCUGCAGUCAGGGGGACAAGGAGCCCAGCAGUCGGUCAUCUGUCUCCAGCCUGAAGCUCGGCGAGCACCGCCACACCCUGGAGGACAAAUCCAGCUUUAAGCCCUACAACAAAGGCAGCGGUGAAUGUCGCAGAGACGGAGCCACCAGCAGCAGCGGCUCCGGCAGUGACAAAGUCGGCUUCAGGGUGCCCAGCAGCAGUAGCACUACCGCUAAUGGUAAUUCAACCAGUGGCCAGCAGUCCUAUCCGCCUCACGCUGUGUCGCCCAGCUCCAGAGCCAGGAGCAGCACCCCACCGGGACAUGCUCAGCAGCUUUCCAAACAGAGCCACUCUCCAGGUGGACAGCACGCCCCACACUCCCAGAGUCCCACUGGUGAAUCUGCACGUGACCAGAGCAGUCCCACCAGCACGAGCAGCAAUAAUAAUAACAACAAUAACAUAAAUCCCAAAAAAGACGCCGAGGUAAACAAGGCCAGCUCGGACAGCCCGCACCACGCUAACUCUAGUCACGUUCGGGCCAGCACAAACUGCAGUAACGGAAGCUCUGACGGAGGCUCCAACCAUGACGCAGGCAAAGCAGAGCCCACCCAGCCUAACCUCGGCCCUGGACACAUUACGCCCAUUUCUCCUUAUAAGACCAGCCAGCCGCUCUUCCCUCUGCCUUCCUCAAAUAUGGGCUACCACGGAUCUGUAGUGGGGGGCUACGCAGGCUACCCAUCCCAGUUUGUUCCUGGGCUGGACCCGACCAAGUCGAGCCUGAGCGUGGGCAGCAUGGGUGUACCAGGAAAGCACCCAAGCUCCAGCCCUCUUACGGGCGCCUCCCCUCCCUCCUUCAUGCAGGGUUUAUGCAGGGACCCCUACUGUCUAAGUUACCCAAGUGUAUCCCAUCUUGGUGGAAGCAACUGCAACUCCUGCAUCCACGACCCUUCCUCCACCCUCAAAUCCAGCUUCCCACUGGUGUAUCCCUCCCACCCCCUCCACUCUCUCCACCAAAGCUCCUUGUCAUCCAGUGCAUCCUCCUCCCUCUCUCAUCCCCUCUACACGUACGGCUUCAUGCUCCCCAACGAUCCCCUGCCACACGCUUGCAACUGGGUCUCAGCCGGAGGGCCGUGCGACAAGCGCUUCGCAACGUCAGACGAACUCCUGGCUCACCUCCGCACGCACACAGCCCUGCCGGUGGGGAUGGACAGUAAGCUGCUCUCUGCUUCCUCCUCAGGGCCUGCCUCCUGCCACCUUCACCUCCCACAUCAGAACAGUCCAGGCUCCAUGCCCAGCUCUCUUUCUCUCAGGGCUCCCCCCAGCCUGGGUCUGGCUCGCUAUCACCCCUACAGUAAGGUCCAUCUCCCCUCUGGACCCUCCUCCAUCUCCCUGCACUCUCUGCCCACCACAGGUCCAUACUACCCUCAUUACGCACUCUACAGUCAAAGACUGGGGUCUGCGUCGGCUCUAGGAUACCAGUGAUGCACCACCUACUUAAAUCUUUAGAGGAAUGGUUCAACGUGUUGGGAAAUAAUGCUUAUUUGUUUCCUGGCUAAGAGUCAGAUGAGAAGAUUGACCCCGCUGGCGAAUUUCUAUUUUAAAUAUGAAGCCAGUUCAUUUAGCUUAGCUUAGCAUGGAGAAGGGGUAAAAUACUGAACGAGCUAGCAGAGAUUUUAGCUGAGGAGCAGGUUAACACGUGCCCCUCACAGAGUUCACUCCAUCUUCAGCCUGUAUGCUAAGCUUAGUAUCUGCUGGCUGUCGCUUCAUAUUGAGUGUGUGUGUGUUCAUCUGCUCAGCCAGGACGUUAAUAAGCACGCUCCCCAAAACGUCUUGAUGGUUACUUUAACUUUAAUCACUGCAACUUGCUGCUUCCUCUGACUUUGCAGCAGCUUCAAGUGGAACUGGGAGGGACUUGCGACUCCUGGAUUUUAACUUGAGAGCAUCUUCAUCUUUUUUUUGUUUCUUGGUUCUUUAUACAUUAUCUGUUUAUACAAGACUUGUUGUUUCAAACCAGGAUCUACUGCUAACAUUCAGUGGACACGCAGCUCUUGCAUGUCUGCACAUUGCUCGGAUGCUUCUGCAGCAGGCGCGACUGCCCUGAGAGGACACUUGCCGCCCUGUGGACUCGCCUGAUUGAUGGAUGGACGCUGCGUGACAGCUCUGGGAUUUUCAGGGUUCUCGUUACAAAUGUUGAUGAUGAUGAUGAUUUUGAAAUGGCAGCGAGCUCCAGCAUCGGGAUCGGUGUUAGUGUGACUGCAGUGGCUUUCUCCCUGCAUCAGAUGCCUGUAAGCUCAGCGCAGUGCACACACUUGGUUUGUCCCCGUGGUUUGUGAUCAUUCCUUGUUUUGUUUUUUUUUUUUUGUUUUGUUUUUUUUCUCCUUUUAUUCCUACUGAGAACUUGUAUUUAUUUUAUACAAGGGGAGCUGACUGUAAAGUUUACCACAUAAAUCUCUCCUCGUUUUCAAGUGCACACACGGCAGGUGUGGAAUGCGUUGUCUUAAAACUUCUCUGAGAAUGAAUGUUACAGUCACAUCUCUCUCCGAGCUCCUCGCCUCUUUUGAUUGUUUUUAUUUUCACACGGCAAAUCGACUGAGAUGUGAUAUUUUUUGUAAACCUGGAGCACCCUGUGGUGGGAUCCAGUGAAAGGGGAGGUCAUAUUUUAGUAAAUAAACA